AUGGCAACGGCGGUCAUCUUGAAAAAAUCCAACUCUGAUGGAGGUCUAAAGAUGUCACUGACGAGCUAUCACUCUACCCAACACGUGAUUAUCACCUCCAGCCAACAGCACCACAGAGUACGACAGAUCCAUGACGAGCUAUCACUCUACCCAACACGUGAUUAUCACCUCCAGCCAACAGCACCACAGAGUACGACAGAUCCGCUACAGCACAACAUGAGCACAGAGCACAGGAGGAAAUCAAGCACUGAGGUGGGGGUAGAGAAGGUGGAACUGAAACGACAGAUGGGUCUGGUGGUCGCUGCGUCUUUUGCUGUGGGGUCCAUCAUCGGUUCUGGUAUCUUUAUCUCACCUAAAGGCGUGCUGGCAGCGUCAGGCUCUGUGGGUCUGUGUUUGGUCGUCUGGGUGGUGGCUGGAGUCAUCUCCCUUGGCAGUUAUGUUAUGAACGCAUGUCACUUCUCCAUGCAGAUGGUUUGCAUCAGAGCACCUGCAACUCUGGUCGUCAUGUUGCUCACCUUCUCCAAGUACCUGGUCGCUCUGCUCCCCACCUGUGGCACACCUGUGCACCUGGAGAAGCUCCUGGCUGCCACGGCUUUAGUGACGCUAGUCCUGAUCAACGGCUUCAGCACGCGUCAAGCCACAAACGUGACGGUGCUGACGACGGUGUGUAAAGUGGCGACACUUCUGAUCAUCAUUGUUGGUGGCGUCGUGGUCAUGUGUCAAGGCACCACGAGUGAGCUGGAUACAGGUUUCUCUGGAACCUCCACGGAACCCUCGUCUUUGGCCCUGGCACUGUACAGCGCUCUGUGGGCGACCAGAGGAGGAGAAAAUCUGAACAUGCUGGUGGAGGAGGUGAAGAAGCCGUCCAGAAACAUCCCUUUGGCCGCUAUAUUGGGCAUCCUUGUGGUCAUCGUGGUCUACACACUGACCAACGUCUCCUAUCUGGCCGUCAUGACCAAAGAUGAAAUGUUAAAUGCCGAGGCUGUCGCUGUGGUUUUUGGAAAUCGAGUUCUCGGCCCUGUUGCAAUAAUUAUUCCCCUUGCUGUGAUGGUGGCAACUUUGGGUUCGGCUAACAACAGGAUGAUUUGCGACAACAGGUUGACUUACACUGCUGCCCGGGACAAAAACUUCCCAGAAUUUUUCAGCUACAUCCAGAUCCAUCAGCUGACGCCACUUACAGCCAUGAUGCUGAUUGCAGCCCUGGCUCUGGUCUACCUGGCCCCAGCAAAUGUUGGCUCUCUCAUCAACUACCUGGGAUUCUUGAUCUCGUUCUUUGACGCCUGUGUGUACCUGGCCAUGCUGAGGUUCAGGCUGCAGACGAUGAAACACGUGCGGGGACCUGUACGGGUACCACUAGUCAUCCCUAUCCUAAUGCUACUGACCAACCUGUACCUGUUCAUCUCGCCACUGGCCAUCAACCCCAAGCUCGAGUACGUGUAUGUGGCCACUGGAAUACUUGGAGUGGGGGCGGUCCUCUAUAUACCUUUUAUACAUUUCCGGUUAACAUUUCCAUAUUACGAUCGACUGGUCACAUAUGGUCAGCUGUUGUUACGUGUAUGUCCCCCACCCAAGUUUAUUGAAUAAAGAUUUUCUA